GACAAUUUUGGUUCAUAAUCAAAAGCCUUAAUUAAAAAUUCCACAAACUUAAUGUAGCGGGUAAAAUUAAAAACAUAAAUUUUAGUACCUUUUUAUUAACUUACAUGGUGCGUGAAAUUUCCUAAUUAACUUAACUUUUUGACAUUCUGAAAUUUUAGAAGUAUUUAGUUAGAAAUGUUCAGGAUCGUGACAUUUCUAACUUUACUGUGUCUUCUUCGGCUCGCAAGAUGCAAUUUCCGCACGUGCGUUCCGAACACGCAGUUUUUUCUGAAUGACCGCAUAUGCUACUGCGACGGGAAAGGUCAGUGGACUGAAGCCAGCUGCCACAAGCUUUGCACGCCAGGCCAAACGGUCUGGCACGGCUGCAGCCAAUGCGUCUGCCAGGACAACGGCCAACUCCUCUGCAACAAUAUCAACUGCUCGGAGGACCAAAAAACAUUCCCAGCCACGAAAGCCAUCAAUUCUAUAGGACACUGGUGUACGCCGCUAAGAAUAUACUACGUCGACUGCAAUGUCUGCGUCUGUCCGGAGUCAGGCAGAACCGCUAAUGUACACUGCGUCAAAGACAGUUCUUGUACAGCCUUAAGAACACCUUCUAUAUCUGACCUGUUGGCAUCUAACAAAAACACAUGCAAACCUAGUGUAUUGUAUGUCUUCCAUUGUCUCCAAUGCUUAUGUUCUGACGAAGGAAUCUUCAGCCUUAACAAUUGUGUAGAAACUUGUCCAUCCAAAUCAAAGCCAAGUCUAUCACGUACAUGCACACCUCACUCGUUCUACAGAAAUGAUUGUAACGUAUGUCUGUGUCCAAGUAACGGGAUACAUAGUGACUCUUCCUGCACUCAAGAAGUGUGUGAUGGCACAGUUAGAUUUAAAGUUCUCCAAGCCUUAACAUCAGAAACAAAAAUGUGUAUUCCUCACCAAUUCACCUCGCCUCAAUGUCUGUACUGCCAUUGUAAUGCAGACGGAACGAUUAACCAACAAACUUGCUUAGAACUUAACUGUCUAAAAUCAUAUUUCUAUGAAUACAGCGUAAGGAGUACUUGCAAUCCAGGAGAAAUGGUACCGUUCUGCACGGAAUGCUUCUGCCUUCGUAACGGUUCAACUCAUCACGAUUACUGUACAAGGGGUUGUUCAUAUCGAAACAAAAUAUUGGCGCUUGAGAAAGUUUUCAGAGACUCUAAAAAUCAUCAACUACUAGACUGGCACGCCUUUGAUACAACCUCUAAUGCAUUGACAUGCGUUCAGAAUUCAAUAUACAUAGAAAACGGUAAACACUGCCUAUGCCCCGAUAACCUCACUAAAGAGAAAUCUUGCUUAGUAGCCGUUACGAAGUCAUUGAAUCUCAAAGAUCCCGUGUUGAAGUUUGAUUUUAAAGAGAGUAAAAUUAAUAUAGACUUCAAUAAACCUUGUAUGCCAAGCACGUUCAUAGAAUUUGACUGUAACACUUGCUUUUGCUCAAAAAAUGGAAGUAUUGAUCCCGAUUGGUGCACCUAUGAUGACUGCGAAGCCAUACGGAUAAUUCAAGAGGCUCAAAAAGCUCAUGGUGCCGUGGCUAAAGAACUACCAACAUGCACCCCUGGAUCGUUAACCGAAAUCAGUUGUAACUUCUGCAUCUGUCCCGAUAAUGGUCUGUCGAAGGACAGAGCAUGUACAAAAAACAAUUGCGGUGACGUAGAAGUAGUGACCGCUACAGACAAUUUCGACUGCGAUCCGUUAGAAUAUUACGAGGUCGACUGCAACAUUUGCUUAUGUCCUAGUGACGGGAUCAAGAAUGUGGCAAAGUGCACCAAGAAUAUCUGCGAAGACAAUUUCCUUCGCUCCGGUGCGUGUGUACCUGGGAAACUGUUCAGCGAAGAAUGCAACAUCUGCGUCUGUCCUCCUGACGGCUCGAAAAGUGACAGAGUUUGUACGAAACACGAUUGUAAAAAGGCUGAUACAACAUGGAAGAAGAUAUACCAGUAUUCCAACAGCAUUAUAGAAGAACUGCCGGAUAACGGAGAUGUCAGUGAAAAGAAGUUAGACCAUUGUUUCCCCGGCGAGCAGUUUACAAUCGACGGGCACUUUUGCGUGUGUCCUGAAAUGGGUUUCAGAAUGUAUGCGACGUGUUCGUACUCCGUUCGCGAAGAAGAUGAAUAUAAACUGGAUAAAAAGGAUCGUAUUGAUACCCCGACAAACAAGAGUUCCGCCAUCGCUGACUCUUUCCCGAGUACGCAAAAGCCUGAACCUGGAGACAAGUGCUUCGUUUACAGCAAUAUGUCAUCACCAGCGAAUGCAACGGGCACAAAAUGUACACCAGGGUCACUGUAUAUUAAGGGGUGCCAACAAUGCCUGUGUCCCGUCGUGGGUGACAACAUAGAGUACUGCCGCUCUUUGAACACGACGCAAUGUAAUGCUACCGGGCUCUCAUACAUGAGAACAGUGAGAAGCAGUGGAGCCCGCACCACAGUCAACAAGACAGUCGAAAAAAUAGCUCUCGCGCCGCACCAGCACACUCGCUACAAGUGCGCGAACGGGACAGCGAGGGACGUAUGCCACGUCUGCGAGUGCGAGCAGGACAUCAUCAUUCGCGAGCAUUGCUUCAGCAGCACCGCAACAGUAUGCGCAGGAGUUGAACCAACGUUUUUGAGAGAAAGAAUUUGAAAUUA